UAACUGCUAUCCAUGGCGUCGGAAUCCCGCGUCCGGAAGCUGUCAUUCGACAUCCUGGCGUUCUCCGAGCACGAUGAUGGCGUCCUAUCCGCCGCCGCGUCCGCCCGCUCCAGGUCCGAUCCUCCUCCCGUUCUAGGAGGCGACGCAUCGUCGCCUCGUAGGAAGAAGAAAAAGAGGAAGGAAAAAGGCAAAAACCUGCACGAUUUGUCCUUGAUUUGCGAUAAUGCAGUGCUCGAACGAUCCGUGAUCGUCAACAAUGGCGUGAAUCACAGCUGUGCAGCGGUUAAAGUGACGGAGACUGCGGUGGCGUCGGAUAGUGAUGGCAAGGACAACUGCGCUGUGCGUACAGUGCAGUAUGGGGAGUUGAGGCAGCGGUACGUGGUUAAUGCGAUGAACGGAGCCAUACCGGAAAUGGCGAGUGAGGAGAGUGGUGAUUGUAAGAAGGCUGAAAUGUUGAAGGAAGAUACGAUAGCCGAUCGGAUUGCUGUUAAGGAGAUCAGCGUGGAUCAACAAGCGGAGCUGAGAGGAAAGCAAUUGGAGGAACGCAAAGCAGACUGGAACAAAUUGAUGGCCGAAGAUUCCCAUUAUGUGUUACCUGCAGAGAAGUCCCCGAUGAAAUAUUUUGUUGAAGAAAUAAAUGCAGGGAAUUCCUUGAGAAGUACCACCACUGUCGGAAAUGAUAAGGAACGAGAACGAGUUUAUGAUACUAUAUUCCGCUUGCCAUGGCGUUGUGAAUUACUUAUCAAUUUUGGGUUUUUUGUAUGCUUUGAUUCCUUCCUGUCCCUCUUAACGAUCAUGCCAAUUAGGAUUAUUAUGAGCUUGUGGAGGCUUGUUAAAACCAGGCAGUUCAAGAGGCCCUCAUCAGCAGAAUUAUCGGAUUUUGGUUGUCUAGUCAUUAUGCUUAGCGGAGUCACCCUAUUACAACAAGCAGAUAUCAGCUUAAUUUAUCAUAUGAUUCGUGGCCAGGGGAUUGUUAAACUUUAUGUGGUCUACAAUGUUUUGGAGGCAAUUACUUUGUCGACAUGUAUAGUUUCUCAUAACAAUGCACUCUUCGCAAUGCUUGUGUCAAACAAUUUUGCUGAGAUCAAAAGCAAUGUAUUUAAACGAUAUAGCAAGGAGAACAUCCACAGCCUGGUAUACUUUGAUUCAGUCGAGCGAUUCCAUAUUUCUGCAUUCGUAUUGUUCGUUUUAGCACAAAAUAUCCUGGAAGCUGAGGGCCCUUGGUUUGAAAGCUUUCUUUCUAACGUUUUGGUUGUAUACAUAUGCGAGGUGAUGAUAGAUGUAAUAAAACACUCGUUCGUCGCCAAGUUCAACGGCAUAAAGCCCCUUGCCUUCUCAGAAUUUCUGGAAGAUCUUUGCAAGCAGACACUAAAUAUGCAAACGGAAAAUGGGAAGAAGAACCUCACUUUCAUCCCUUUGGCACCGGCGUGCGUGGUAAUUCGAGUUCUGAGGCCAGUUUACACGGCGUAUUUGCCGUGUACUCCACCUCAUCCAUGGAGAGGCUUUUGGAUGGUGGCAUUGUUCGCGAUCAGCUUCGUGAUGUUGGCUAGCCUUAAAAUGAUGAUCGGGAUGGGACUUAGAAAACAUGCUCGAUGGUACGUCAAAAGGUGCGAGAGAAGGAAGCUUCACACCGAUUAAGGAUAUAUAGCGGCAGCUUAUUACCACGCGACGACGACAACACAAGGUGAUUCUGUCCUUAUGGGGCUCGGCUCGAUUUUAAAUGAGGCAGGUAUUCGAUAUCUACUUGUACUUUAAAAUUGAGUGAGUGAUUGAUGAAUGAUACAAAAGGACUAUUAGUGUAGUCUUUUGCUAUGCUAAUAUAUAUAAUAUGUGUUGUC